CUGUCAAAAUAUUCAAAUAUAAUCAACAAAGAUUUAAAAACUAAUAUGUUAAUAUUAUUAACAUUUUAAAGUAACAGUAACAGUUAUGAAUACAGCAUUUACCUUUGGAGAUACAUUGGACAACAUUACACUAACAGAUAAAGUGAAUUUACAACAUCCACAUUCAAUAUUCGAAAGUCAUAACAAAGACGAUUUGUAUUCUACCUCUUUGGAUCCUGAUGGUUUUAGUUCUAAUAAGAACCCCUCAUUUAACGUUUCUGUAGAUGAUUCGGCCUUUUUACAAGAGUUUGUCUCAUCCUAUCAAGGUUCCUCGGCUACCCCAAGUAGUGCCAAUGUGAGCUUUCUGUCGAUACAGAGAAAGUCGGACGGCUGUUCACAAAAUGUACCGUUAGUAAAUACACAAUCCAUAACAGAAGUUAAUGAUGAAAACCGCUUACUUUCUUCCUGGGGUUUACCACCAGCUAUUUUGGAAAGAUACAAGCGAAAGAAUGUCACCAAGAUGUUCCAAUGGCAAGCACAAUGUUUAACUGGUGAAAAACUGAUGACAGAAGGUUGUAAUUUAGUUUACUCUGCCCCUACGUCUGCUGGUAAGACGCUAGUCGCAGAAAUAUUAGCCAUCAAAACUGUGAUAGAGAGGCAAAAGAAAGUUUUAUUUAUUUUACCAUUUGUGUCUGUUGUACGUGAAAAGACAUUUUACUUACAAGACAUUUUAGGAACGUCCGGAGUACGUGUAGAAGGUUUUAUGGGGUCAUACAAUCCUCCGGGAGGGUUUCCGGCCGUGCAGCUUGCAGUAUGUACAAUUGAGAAAGCCAACACUAUCAUUAAUAGACUGCUAGAGGAAGGGAAAUUGGAAGAUAUUGGAGCAGUCAUUGUUGACGAAAUACAUUUAUUAGGGGACUGUAAUCGUGGAUAUUUGUUGGAAUUAACGCUGACUAAAUUAAGGUAUAUGUCUUCACGUUUAGACAAUGUCAAUAUACAAAUUAUCGGAAUGUCUGCUACCUUACCCAAUUUAGAAAUUUUGGGAAAGUGGUUGAAUGCCGAAGUGUAUGUGACUGACUUCCGGCCAAUUCCUUUGUAUGAGCAGUGCCUUGUUGGUAAUGAAGUUUAUGAUAAAAAUUUAGAAUUACUACGUACCAUACAGCCUCCUGCUGAGUUGGAGACUGAUACAGAUCAUAUUUUAUACUUAUGUUUGGAAACAAUUAAAGAUUCGUGUUCGGUUUUAAUAUUUUGCCCCACUAAGAAUUGGUGUGAAAGUCUUGCAGAGCAAAUAGCUCAAGCUUUUUGGAAAAUUGGCUGUUCAAAGUCCGAAUUCGGGUUGAUACUGAGGGAGCAACUAAAUUCUGACCUAAUCAAAGAGUUAUUAGAACACUUAAAACAAUGUCCUAGUGGGUUAGAUAAGGUUUUAGAAAAAACCAUUUCAUUUGGAGUUGCUUUUCACCAUGCAGGUUUGACAAUGGAUGAACGGGAAAUAAUCGAAGCUGCUUUUAAAAACACGACUUUACGAGUACUAGUUGCAACAUCCACCUUGUCAUCUGGUGUUAAUUUACCCGCUAAGAGAGUAAUUAUUCGUACUCCAUUAUUCCACGGCAAGCCAUUGGAUAAUUUAGUAUACCAUCAAAUGAUCGGGCGUGCUGGUCGAAUGGGAAGAGAUACAAGCGGAGAAAGUGUUUUAAUUUGCCAGCAGAAUAAUACCAGAAUUGGGAAAGAAUUGAUAUCUUCGAACUUGAAGCCUAUCAAGAGCUGCUUAGAUACCAGUGGAAUAUUUAAACGAGCUCUAUUAGAAGUUGUUAGUAGUGGUGUGGUUUCAUCGCCCGAUGAUGUGCAACAUUUCUCAAAGUGCACAUUGUUCGCUGCAAGUGAAGACGAUUCCGAAAACGCACUGGGAAAUCCUGUCAAUGAAGCAAUUGAAUUUUUGUGCAGCAACGAGUUCAUAAGGUUGCAACAAUUGGAUGAUGGAACUUCAAAGUAUAUUCCUACCGCCUUAGGAAAGGCAUGCCUCGCAUCUUCAAUGUCUCCCGAAGACGGUCUUUCAAUCUUUUUAGAACUUGAGAAAGCCAGACAAUGUUUUGUUCUCGAAACAGAACUUCAUUUAAUUUACGUAGUAACACCAUACAACACUUGUAACCAGUGGGCAUCGAUGGACUGGAUGCUGUUCCUUGAUUUAUGGGAGAAGCUGCCGGUGAGCAUGAAGCGAGUUGGCGAGCUGGUAGGAGUAAGGGAAUCCUACAUUAUCAGUGCAACUAGACAAAAAAUAUCGACAAAUACACCAAAGUUGUAUCGAAAAUUACUUGUACAUAAACGAUUUUUUACUGCACUUGCACUACAAGAUCUAGUAAACGAAACUCCGAUUGCAGAUGUUGCAGUCAAAUUUGGUUGUUCGAGGGGAAUGUUGCAGUCGUUGCAGCAGUCAGCUUCGUCAUUUGCGGGAAUGUUGACCACCUUUAGUCGUCAGUUGGGCUGGUCGAGCAUGGAGGUCCUAAUAGCUCAAUUUCAAGAUCGUUUGCAAUUUGGUGUUAGCAGAGAUUUAUUGGAUUUGAUGAGAUUACCGAUUAUUACCGGUCCUCGCGCUCGAAUGUUAUACGAUGCCGGGAUUGAGACACUUGCUCAACUUGCGUCCUCGGAUGCUCCCGUUAUUGAAAAUUUGCUGCACAAGACUGGCCCGUUUGAAAGUAAAAAUGCACGCGAUGGGGAAACAGAGUAUGAUAUUAUCAAGAGAAAUAAAAUGAAAUGUGUAUGGGUCAUGGGGAAAGAUGGUCUCACUGCUAGAGAUGCGUCCAUUAUGUUUAUUGAAGAGGCUAGGAGGUAUCUGAAGUUAGAAUUAGGAUUGGUCGAUGCAAAAUGGGAGCAGUCAUUAACUGAUCAAAAUACAACCAUCGAUACCAAGCGCCAAAAUAUGACAUCCUCAAUUCAUCACCGAAACAAUGACAAUCUUCAACUUCCAGAUCUUGUCAAAGAACAAGUUUUACAAUUGACAACAAGUAAUGGUGAAAAUUCAGAUAGUAACAGUGAAUUGCCCAAUCAGUCAAUGCUAGAGAAAUCUGAUCAAAGUUUGUUUAACGAAAGUUGCGAAUACCCAAGCACAUUAGACACUCAAGUCGCUAAACCAAAUACCAAAGACAUCUCUUCAUUUCAUUUUGAGAACGACACAGCAUUGGUCAAUGGUUUUAUGUCUGAAAUGGAGCCAUCGGAUAAGAUCACCAACUCUGAGAAAGAGUGUGAUUUAAUCGAUUCUUCACAGUCAAUCUCUGAUUCGCUUAUCUCUACAAAUGACACAAAAAAUUCGCUUAAACGAUUCAGCUUACUUGUAGAUAUAAAACGCAGUAAUCGAACUAAUCAAUAUUUGAGCUCUGAUGAUGACAGUUCAGAAAUUAUUACGUCUCCUACAAAAAAGAGAAAGAUAACGCAAGAAAAAUGGAAUAGUACUGAUUCUCUAGUACCAGCCGAUUUAACAAAUGUGCAAAUUGUCGAUGUUGGCAAUAAUAAAGCUUUGUAUGAAACUUUCGAAAGUGAGUUACUGUCGCAAGAAGUUAUAGCGCUAUCUUUUGCAUGUAGAAAACACAUUACUCAGAAAACUCCAAUCGGUAAUAACGUAAUCCACCAAACAUCCAAUGAUAAAAGUCGCCUAGUUAAGUAUACACAUAACGAUAUUGAUGCUGUGGGUGUUGCAUUUAGUUGGGGCAACAAUGUAGCAUUUUAUCUCUCGUUUGAGAGUGAGACUGUUAUUGCGAAUAUAGAUAAAGUAAGACUGUUACGGAAGUUGUUUACAAAAAGUUCAUUGAAUGUGAGAUUUUUCGAUGCCAAAGCUCAGAUAAAGGUGGCGAAACAAUGCUUUGGCUUAAAUUUUGACGGAAGCUGGGAGGAUUCUAAAGUUGCCGAUUGGUUGUUAGCACCUGAUGGGAAGGAGAAAAAUUUGCAAGCAAUGGUGCUUAAGUAUAUUCCUGGAGCAUCGAAUCUAUUGGCUCUCAUUGGUCAUUGUAAAGGAGUGUGCAGUGUAGGCCUGGAUGUUCAAAGUACUGCUCAUCCUAAAGUUAGAGCAACAGUUGAAAGUGUGGUGGUUUGGUAUUUACGGGAUGCAGUUCGAAGCACCCUUGUGAAUGAAUGCCCCAAACUGAUUGAAAUAUACAAGAUUGAAAUGAAGAGUCUUCUAUGUAUAACAAAAAUGGAACUGAACGGUAUAAAAGUCGAUAUCGCCAAACUACAGGCUCUAGUUGAUACGCUGAAAAAGGAAAGUGAAGAACUGCAAAAACAAGCAUUUACACACGUAGGAAGACGAUUCUCAUUCUCCUCUCCAACUGAAGUUGCAAAAAUAGUGGGUUCAUAUAAGGGUCGUAAACCCAGCACCGACAAACAAUCAUUGCAACGGAACGUUCAUCCCAUUUCAAACCUUGUUUUGCAAUGGCGGAAAUUAAACAGUACUCUAACAAGAAUGAUUUAUCCCCUAAUCCGUUUAAUAGAAAAUAGUAGAAUAUUUGGCAAUUGCGUUAUUCACACGUCCACAGGACGAAUUACUAUGCACGAACCCAACUUGCAAAAUGUUCCUCGGGACUUUAGUGUUGCCUCUACAAACUUAAGUAUUAGUUGUCGAUCUGUUUUCAUACCUACAGAAAAUUACACAUUUUUAUCGGCCGAUUAUUGCCAAUUAGAGCUGCGAAUACUAACCCACUUUUGCCAGGAUCCUACACUGACUGAAAUAAUGAAGAUGAACAAAGAUGUUUUUAAAAUGAUUGCUGCACAUUGGAAGAACAUCAGCGAAACGGAGGUCGACGAUGAUCUACGUCAGUGGACGAAACAGUUGUGCUAUGGUAUAAUAUACGGCAUGGGAAAUAAGGCGUUAGCAGAGCACAUGUCAAUCCCUGAAGAUGAAGCGAAAAUGUUUCACGAAACCUUCAAAAAACAAUAUCCUAAUAUACAAACAUUUAUCCAUUCCACAAUUGCAAAGUGUAAGGCGCUGGGUUACAUAGAAACAUACGCGGGCAGGAGGAGGUACUUGCCGCUAAUUAAUAGUGACAACUUAACUGUUCAAGCUCAAUCCGAGAGACAAGCUGUAAACACCACAAUUCAGGGAUCAGCUGCUGAUAUAGCCAAACUUGCUAUGACCAAUACAGAAAGUCGCUUUCAACAUAAAUAUCGCCAUUCCAAAAAUUUACCCAAACUUGUGUUGCAUUUACAUGACGAAUUAUUGUACGAAGUUCAUGAAAAAUAUUUACUGAAGACUGCAAAAAUUCUAAAGCAAGCUAUGGAGGAGGUUGUAGCUUUAUCUAUUCCGUUACCAGUGAAAUUGAAGUCUGGCAAAUCCUGGGGUGCUAUGCAUGAGUUAGUCCUCUAAGAGAGUUAAGUCUGAAAAUUGUGAUAUCUUUUACAUGGCUUUAGAAAUCUUAAGAUGAGUAAUUUGUAUUGGUGAAGAUUUAAUUUUUAUUAUUUUAUUUAUUAUUUAUGAAAAUGUAACGCUAAUGAUUUGAGUAAUUACAUUUAAUUAAUUUAUA